UACAUACACGUUUCGUGGUAGCCGGUAUUUUCAUCGAUACAACGUUUUCUUUCGCGUUAUCAGAACAGUAGCAAGAAAAUACGGUGGUGGUGGUACUGUAUAUGAUGCGAGUGAAAAAUUUAUACGUGUGUAUUUCGGAUUGAACUGCAUUUUGAAACUUUAUAUUAUUCUCGUUUCGAAGUUUGAAACGAUAUCAUCGCGGUUGAAUGAAGAAUGAAGAAUAAUUAACGGUUCUUGUCAGAAAAUAAUAACUCGAGUCUUCGAAUACCUACCUACCUAGACCUACCUGGAAGAUCUACGCCUUUGGUCUUGAAAACUUUCAUGCUUUUAAACUAAUGUCAUCUAGUGAUAGGAAAUUGGAAGCCAGGCGAAUUUCUGACGAUAUACCAUCAACAUCAAGGCAAGGAAUGGCGUUUCAUCAAUACCGGCAAAUUCCUGAUGACCAGCCAUCAACAUCGAGGCAAGCACUGGGGAUUCCAGAUUAUGAUUCUGACGAAUAUGAAACAGACAGACGUUCAAGCUCACCAGAUAUCGUCUACGUGGGAACCAAGCGUCGUAGAGUAUCCGGAACUAAUCUUGAGAAUGGAACACCAGCAAAUAUCCAAGUGAACCACGACAGGCCCCAGAGUAUCAACCCACCAGCAGAAGAAUACAGAGUAGAAAAUAUGCAGAAUGGAUUCGAUCAUUUCUUAAAUGGAACUACAUCAGAAGAAGCUCACAGCGAUAAUCACCAAUUAAAAAUACUGAUGCUUAUGUUAAAGUACGGAGUCGAAAAGGAAUACUCUUUUGCCAUAGGAACAGCUCCAGAUGACGCAGCAGAAAACUACGACGAUAUAGUCUUCCGGUACAAGGAACCAAAUGGUAAAUCAGUCUAUCAAUUUUUGCGAUCUAAACAUAAAAAGCAUACCAAUAGAGUAAUCACUUUCAAAGACUUACUUACCGAGAAGGAUAGAAAAUUCAGCAUACAGAAACAUUUCAAUUCGUUUCGCAAAAUUUUGAGAAAUCCUUUAUUUCAAGGCCACGAGUUGAAGGAUUAUGUAGUUUGCACCAAUAUCAGCUUAGAUAGGCAUUUACACAAUUGCUUUGCUCGAAUUACCACUACCGAUGAAAUUUUAACUUUCGAACACGGAGAUCCUCAGUGCUUAAAAUUUAAGUAUAAAAAAUUCGCCAAACGCGACGAAUUAAUUUCAAAGUUGAUAAAAUCAUCAGAUUGUGAUAGAUUGGCUAGAAGGGUCGCCAAAUAUGUAAAAAAUGGGAAAUGCUUUGACCUGAAGGGAGAUCUGUUCCGAACUUACCAUCGUGCCUUACGAGAAUACGUAAUUAAAGAAGAAACAGUCCAAGAAAAAAGAGGAAGGAUUAUAAAUGCCAAGUUCCAUAAAGAUUUUGUGACUGGAUAUUUACCAGACUCGGCGAAAAAAUUUAGGACUGCUUUUUACGACGCUUAUCAAGAAUAUUUGGGAUUCGCGGUAAAUGAAGAAGAAUUCUGGAAAAAUAUGAAACAUGCCAAGUUGACGAUGUCUUACUCGUUUAAAAGGUAUUUUGAGCUAAAUGACGAUCCUCAUAUUAUGUUCCACGAACUGUUCGCUAAAGAGAUCGCAGAUGAAAUGAGUAGAGCGAAGGAUGGCAUUGUUAGAAUAGAAAGAAGACCGCAAGUGAUUAAAGAAAAUAUCGAUAAGUUGGCAGGGUACGUAUUAAUUACGAAAAACGAUACCGAAGAAGAUACGUAUUACUUUAGUUCAGAAUUUUUUCGCAAUAAACCCUUACCAGGUAAUUUGGAAGAUUUCAAGAACAGGUUGAAAAAAGAACUACACCAAAGAGAUAUACCCUUUGCUAAGGAUUUGUACAAAUUUCACAUUAUCAAUUUCAAAACAUGCAAUGAGGCGGUUGUAUACUCAAAAUCUCAGUUACCAGACGAUAAUGGUGAAAAUGUCUCUCAAAGAGAAAUCGAUUACUUUUUCGAUAAGUUGGUAUUUGUGAUCAAUCAACCACUUGGAACCGAUCUGAGCCAAAUCAUCGAUAGAAAAAUCAACAAAUAUUUCAACUUCAGUCACGAUGACAUAGCACGUUCCUUUCCAGACCACAUACUGCUUUGGUUGAAGUCUAAAAAAGGAAGUUUUCAGUCCCACAGAGAAGGCGAAUCGUUUUUUGAAACCAUGAACCUCUUGAUUCCCAACUUGUAUACGAGUCCUUCCACAUCGAGAAAGUUUAUCAAAGUCGAAUCUCCCGGCAAAAGGACACUCGUUGAAUUUCAAAGUGGCCUUUCAGACCUGCAAAGAUUUCUGAUUUCUAAAGAAAUGCAAAUUUUCAACUUGAUUAGUUCAUCCCAGAGCGUAAAACUGAGCGCAUUCAAGGUACUCCGAAUUGUAAAAAAUAUUCCAACGUAUCAGACCAACGAUAAACUCAUUUUCGAGCAUCUGAGCUCAAUUUUACUCGCACCAGAUCGUGUAAUAAAUGAUUUUAAAUCUGAAACAAAAAAUAAUCUAUUGAUGAUCGCAUGCGAAGCUGACGAGGAAGCAAAUGUGUGGGAAUUAGUUUUUCGACUCUAUCCGAUUCUAGAAGGUUGUCGCAAUAAGAAAAUCAUUAUCAUUACGAGAGAAAAUGAUGAAUUGGCCGAGGCAUUUCGAAGUAUCUACAUCAAAACAAAAAAAUAUACAGAGAUGAAAGACGAUGAAGGAGCAGUUGGUCUCGUUGAUCUUCCUGAAGACUUGCAAAAAAAUAUUUUGAAGAAAGGAAAAUUCAUAUUUAAAAUAGGCGAUGUUGAUUUGGAUUUGAGUUCAGCGUUGUCAGAAGAUGAGUCAUUGCAAAUGUUGAGGAAAAUAUUUAAGGGAGACUUAUUAUCCAAAUUGUUAUAAAACAGCAGCUUGUAAAACUUUUGUAGAUAUAGAUCAAUACUUUCAUUUUUUUAUUUUUUUCUAUUUCUUAUUUUUUUUACAUUCUAAUGUGAUGCAUAGGUUAUAUAUUCGUAAAUUUUGUGUUAUUUAUGCUUUUGAAUUUAGUCGAAGCAAAUGCCUAGAUAGGUAUUUUACCAGUACAUUCCCGAAUGAAUUUUUAUAUGUAUUAGUUUUAUCAUACAAAUAUUUUUUUUGUGUUAUCUAUUUUUAAAUUAUCUAAGGUGUUAAAUUCAUGUCCUGUAAAGUAAAUUUAAUAAUUUCAUUAUGAUGUUUUGUAUCUUAAAUAUAUCUUUUUAAAAAUUA